ACCAACAAGUGAUCUUGUUCUUUUUCAAUUACUCGACGCAACAACACUGGAUUCAUUGAAAAGUGAAGAUUGCGAAACAAGCAGUAGUACGAUAAUAGAGAUAACAGACGAUUCUCUCUGUGGAUGCGUUCAAUCACUUGAACGUCGGGAGCGUGAAAACACAAUUCUAAACACACCCAUCUAAACCAAUCUAAACGCUAUGUAUAUACCCAAUGUGAGCAAGUGAGCAAGUCAAGCUGCGAAAUUUGUCAGCCAAGUUCACAGAGGUCAGUUCUCAGCCUCUCGUGGUCCGGUUGGCGCUGCUGACUGCUAACGCUAUUUGCUUGUUACUCCGGUUACUCGUGCCGUGUGACUCGUGUGUGUUCGCGGUUUUCGCCGCUCGCUUCUGUUACACUGUUGCAAGCAAGUUACUGAGUAAUGGACAAACAAAUGAAAACGCGAUAAAGGUUUGUUAUUUAAAGGUUGUUGUUUAUUAGUCACAAUUGGAGAAUCAAUAAAACUGACAUGGACUUGGACAAUCAGAGCGAGGACGGUGAAAUCAAGAAAAGCCCAUCGAAGGAUAUGGACGACUUCAGUUUUUCGGAGGAAGAAGGCGCGGACACGGCGGAUUCAUUGGACAUAAAGCCGCCACAAGCGGCUACGCAUCUACGAAAAUCAAGCUCUUCGCGAAGAAGAGAGAAGCACGGGGACAGAAGAGAGAGACGCGAUGAAAAGGAGCGUAAGUCGCGUCAUCAUGAGCGAGCGGAGGAUAGACACAGAGAUAAACACAGACAUCGUAGACACGCUAUGGAAAAUAUGGAAAGAUCUGAACGUAAUGAAGGAAGUAAAAGAGACAGAGAAAGAUCCGAUAGAAUGGAAAGAAUGGAUGGACAUUCGCGAGACAGAGAUUCCUCGCGACACGAGAGAAAGGAUAGAAGUACGGGUGAUCGUGUACUUGAAGACUUGAGAGAAAGAGACGCAGCUGUAUUCGCGUACAAGCAAAAUGAUGAAACUGUUCUUUCAAGAUUGUUGGACAAGCGUCGUGAGAGACGCGAGGAUUCGCGAGACUACAAGAGUGAUUCCCGACGCGACAUUAGAACCGAAGACCCGCGAGAAUCCAGAGAUCGUCGAGACGUACGGAUAGAUGAGAUCCGCGAGCGACGCGAGAUACGCUCGUUACCGGACGAAACGCGUGAACGUCGCGACAUUCGUAUGACGGAAGAUCGCAGACAUAUUAGAGUUAUAGAAGAGCAAUACGAUGAUAACGAGUUGAUCGAACGCAGCGAUCGUGAAAAACGACACAAGAGAAAUCACAAACACGAUCGAGCGCGCGACAGAGAUCGUGAAAAAAUCGAUCGCGAGAGAGAACACAGAGAAAAACAAUUGCGCGAAGCCAUGGAUGUCGUACCUCGGGAGGAUCCUGAGGACAUGGACAUCAGUGAAGUUCCCGUACAAAAUAAAGAUCCGAAGGAAAUAAGCGAACAAGAAAUGAGAAGAGAAAAGCUGUUGGAGGCUGAUCGUGAAAUGGCUAGGAGAAAAGAAGUAUCACGGUUAGAAUUAGAAGCACGGAGAAUGAAAAGAGGAGAAAAAAGAGCACUUAGCCCUGACGUUAAUCACGAACAUUCUAUCGUGGAAUUAUCCGAUGAAAGUCAAAGUCCAGUUCAAUCGGAUCCAAUUCAAUCGAAAUCACCAGAUUCUCAUACAAGAGCUUCGUCCGAGGAAAGGAACAGUAUCCGUGAAAGAUCGUCGGAACAUCGUUCCUCGGAUUCUUCCGAAACCAGCAGUGAGGACGACGAAGAAGACGAUGAUGAAGAAGAGGAGGAAGAAGAGGACGAUUCGAAUGAUUCGAACAAAGCUUCUGACGCAGAAACCAACGAUGGUUCGGAAUACAACAAUCCGAGUCCGUUAUCGGUUGAUCGCUUAGCUAAAUCGGAUCAUUCGGAAGGUGAUUCACCGGGGCACAUUGAAUCGAAUGGUGCCUCAAAAGAGAUGGCCGAAGAAGCAGAGAAAAAAAUAGAGGAGUCAGAAUUACCCCCGUACUUACCUGCCAUACAAGGUUGCAGAAGCGUAGAAGAAUUUCAGUGCUUGAACCGAAUAGAGGAAGGAACGUACGGCGUUGUUUAUCGAGCUCGUGAUAAACGUACUGAAGAAAUAGUUGCCCUGAAAAGGUUAAAGAUGGAAAAAGAAAAAGAGGGUUUCCCGAUAACGAGUUUGCGUGAGAUAAACACAUUGCUCAAAGCGCAACAUCCAAACAUCGUGACGGUUCGAGAGAUCGUUGUUGGUAGCAAUAUGGAUAGAAUAUUUAUUGUAAUGGAUUACGUUGAGCACGACCUAAAGUCGCUGAUGGAAACUAUGAAACAAAAAAAACAAGUCUUUAUUCCAGGCGAAGUUAAAUGUCUGAUGCAACAAUUAUUACGAGCGGUUGCCCAUCUCCACGAUAACUGGAUACUUCAUCGAGAUUUGAAAACGUCGAAUUUGCUUUUGAGCCAUCGGGGAAUUUUGAAAGUUGGUGAUUUCGGUCUUGCGAGAGAAUAUGGAUCGCCGUUGAGACAAUACACCCCCGUUGUCGUAACACUGUGGUAUCGAGCUCCGGAACUGCUGCUCAAUGUUAAAGAAUACAGCACUCCAAUUGAUUUGUGGUCGGUCGGAUGCAUAUUCGCUGAACUUAUUAAAAUGGAAGCCCUUUUCCCUGGAAAAUCGGACAUUGACCAACUACACAAAAUCUACAAGGAACUUGGCACGCCGAGCGAUCGAAUUUGGCCAGGGUACAGCAAGCUUUCGGCAGUACAAAAGUUUUGUAUUGCUCAUUAUCCCGUUAACAAUUUGCGGCAGCGUUUCAGCCUCUCGUUAACUGACCUUGGAAUCGAGCUAUUAAAUAAGUUCCUCACGUACGAUCCCGCUCAGAGAAUAACUGCGGAGGACGCACUCAAACACGGUUAUUUCAGCGAAGCACCACUGCCUAUAAAUCCUGACAUGUUUCCAACUUGGCCAGCGAAGUCGGAGCUGGGUAUCCGAACGGCAAACGCGUCCCCAAAGCCACCGAGCGGAGGUAAAGAGUACAAACAAUUGGGCGACGGCGACGACGCUGAACUGAAUUCCUCGGUGGGUUUUCACAUGGGAAUGGUCGAGGGUGGAAGACCACCGUCCGGUGGUGGUUUCCACCUCAAAUUCUAGGUGUUGCAAUUGCGGCGAUUUGUAAAAAAUUUUUCACCCUUUUACCAACUACUACAAAGCUCAACGGUACAAAGUUUUUUUUGCCACCUUGGAAUAACGUGGUGACAACAAACUUGGCUAAUUGUAAAGAAAAUCAUAAAAAAGAAGUGUCCCACUCAGGCGUAUAUAUUAAGAAUAAGAUACUUUUAAUAAAAACCACGAUUUCGAAA